AUGGGCGUCGCGUGGCGGCUAUUGGUCGACGGUGACCUCAGGUGGCGCCGAUUGGCCGAAAGUGACGUAAACGAGAGCACGAGUAGUGACCAGUUUAGUGCGCGUGAGUAUUUGUCUCGUGACGUGUUCAAUCCCGGCACUGACGACGUUCCAGGCUCGCAUUCCGCGAAGAAGAUCCGAGGAGUUGGUACCAUCGAUCAGUACGAAGCAGUUCUCGUGUUCCAAGUGGAAGGUACGAUAACACGGAUCGUUUCAAGGAGGGUAUCCAAAAUCCCUCCUAUUUACGAACGCCCAACGGCCAGCAACAUUUCAUUUGAGAAGAGAGGCGAGUUUAACGUAUCGAAGCCAUGCAACCGUCAGCCGCAUCUGUCAUCUGUUUUUCGUGGCGUGAGAUUGGAGCCGCCGGAGGGAGAAUCUUCAAAAAUGGACACAGUCCCCUUAUUGUCACCAACCAUGGAAACAGAAUUGCUGAAGGAACCAUGGGUAUUUCCACAAUCAAAACUAACGAUAAAAGAAGGGAAGAAAGCAACGCCGUCUGCUUGGGAGGAAAACUUUCAGGAUUUAAGCGGCUGGUGUAUGGAUACAUUCCAGGGUCAAUGCGAUUUUCAUAUAGGUGAAUCACCUAUUUUUAAACUAUCAGGUACAAAAGACGAGGGUAACAGUGCUUUGGCUUCAGAGGAGGGGGUAUUGAAAGAUUUGAUAAGUGUAGCGGACGAAGACAAGUGGAGCAUAAAAAUGAACGGGUCAACCGAACAUACGAACAAUAAUUGUCACAGCUUACAAUCUACAUCAAAAGUAACUAGCAAAUGCGACAAAAAAGAUAGUACUGCAGGCUCUGAUACAUCCAAUUUGUGGUUGAAGCUAUCGAAACGAACACCACCUACUAUAACAUCAAACGCAAACGUAACUUCAUGGAACAAACAGAAUGAUACAGAUGCUAGUAUACCAUUCCAAGCCAGGUGUAAGAUAGAAAACAUCAAUUUGAAUAAUGCGUGUCCGACUUCUUUCGGUUCUGCAGAAAAUCAGCGAGAAACGUGGGACGUGUUGCAAUCGGUCGAGACCACGGGAUCGGAAUCCUUCGAUUUGUUGUCGUACCUUUGCGAUGAUGAAGUUAGUUCACCGGAAGGCAGUGUCUCGAUAGAUGGUUCGAUCGUGUCCCUCGCUAAAUCACCCACGACAGUAGUUCCGGUCGCUUACGAGGAGAUGAAAACCGAAAACGAGUCGGACAUACAAAGCCGAGUAGCGCCAACUUUAAUUUUGCCUACUACGGAAGAGACAUCCACGGUAUCUUCGCGAAGAUCCGAAAGAAAAAGGGCAGCUGUUACCAGUAGAGGGGAGAAAACUUACAAUAGAAUAGCGAAACGAUCGAGGCCGGAUAGAAGACGCGACACCGAAACCGAUUCGUCGAGCGAUCAAACGUACGGCUCGCAUUAUAGAGAGUCUAGAGAAAAGAACAAUGAAGCUUCACGAAAGUCACGUAUGAACAAAAAAGCGAAAGAGUGCGAGAUGACUAUGAAAGCAAUGGAAUUGGAAAGAGAUAAUCGAAUAUUGAAAAUGAAGGUCGAGGAACUCGAGAAACUUGUGACGUCGAUGCGCAGCGCAUUGCUAAGAUCUGCUCUGAAGAAAGAGUUCUAAAUGUUUAUUAUUAUUUUCAACGCUCAUUAUGCGCCAGAUAUCGCAUAAAAUGAUUGUUGUACUUUCUCCGUUCUUUCCCUUUUUUGUUCUUUUUUUUUUUUUUUCCUUCAAAGGGUUAUACGUUUUCUAAUACGAAAGAGAAAAGCAAUCGAACCAUUAUUUUCUCAAGAAUUACAUGAUUAGGAUUAUGAACGCCCAGAAUGGUAUACUUGGUAUAAAUAUUUUUUUCUGACGUACCAAGGUAAAAAGAAAAAGCUAUUGAAUUUCGAUUAUACAUAGCAAAUAAUUUUUGAAAGGAAAGGGUGUAUUUCUCGACGUUUUAUGUAUCUGUUGCACAAUGCUUGUGUUUAAGUUCAUCAAGGAGAUUUUAUUUACGAUAUUUUAUAAUACUAUAAUGGAAUAUAUUAUCCAUAUUAUCAAAAGAAAAAAAAAAAGAAAAAAAACAUGAGAUAUACAAAGGAAGAGAGGUUGGAAAAGUUACAAAUGUAUCCUUUCAAAAGUUUAUCAAGAACAAGAUUACAUAAUCGUUUUGUUCAGCCUUGUAUUGUACCUGAUAAAAAAAAGUAUGAAUAUAGAGGUUCGGACAAGAUAAACUAUGAUUGGUAAAAAUAUAAUUUUUUUACUGGCAUGGGCACAAUAGUGACAUGAUGUACAAUAAUCUUCAAAUAAAGAAGUUGCUUCAAAAUUUAUCUUGUAACAAAGAGAAUUAUUUUUCUAGACUUUAAUGGUACAAGCAUAAACUAUAUGACUUAAACACUGAAUAAUAUAUCACAACUUUGAACAACAAACGAGUAUCUAAAUUUAGUCAUUCCUAUAUAAAAACUUGCUUACGAACAAGUUGUAAUCAGAAUGUUAAUUCGUUUGAUGUUAAACGAUAGAACACAAAAAAAACAUUAUAUCAUGUAUUCGCUGCUUGAAUCACUCGUACAGUGAAUUUCAAAUUUAGUUUAACAGCAGAAAUGAACUAUGCAUGCAAAAAAGGGAUUUUUGCAAUUAAAAUGCUAUGAAAUAGGCUGUGUUGUAAAUAUUGUGGAAAUAUCUGCUGUUGCUUCAAAAACAGUAGUAACUUCCAACAAUAUUACUGCUACGUCCCCUAAUAAUUAGAUAUCAAAUUUAAUUAUGUAUCAGAUUACAAAUAUUGCCCAUAUCAUACAUAAAAAAUGAAAACCAUUACUUUAGAAAUGUAAGUAACAGAGUCCUGUAUGUAUGCAAGCAAAGUAACAUUUCUAUUCCAUGGUAUAUUUAAAUUUUAUGAAGAGUGAUUAACUAAAUGUAUAUUUUUUAUAAUAUUCAUGCAACGUUCAUAAGAAUUACGUUUGUAUUUCUUAUAAGCUUUCCAACAUAGUCCCCAGUUGGCAAUUGAAAAUUUUAACUAUGAAAAUUGAGCUUAUCGCAUAUGUUGAGAGUUUAUCCUUUACAUUAUGAAAUGUAUAAAAAUAAUUCAACAAAUGUAAUGUGGUUAUUAAUAAAUGCAAUUCAUCGAUUAGAA